AUGGAAAACGAAGAAAGGUCACAACCAGAAGCGCAGUACCAAAGGGAACUUGAAGGAGUUCGGAAUGAUGUGGCGCACCUGACCAGUUUGCUUGAGCAAAUGUUGAGAGCCAAAGAUGGAGAGGGAACAUCUACUCAACCUGAUGAAGCACCACCAGCAGCUCAAAUCCCUGUCGCACCUAUAGACGUAGGGGCAAAUACACCACAUAAGCAGCAUCCUAAUCCCACUCAGCCCAUCCAAAUCCCUAUUACAAUGGAUUUGACAAACGAGGAUCCACAGGACGUCAGAGUCUCUGAUCAUGUUGGGUAUGAUAAAUGGACUGCCCUAGAGGAGAGGCUAAGGGCAGUUGAAGGGAAUGAUUUAUUUGACCCAAUUAGGGCCGCUGAAGUAUGUUUGGUACCUAACAUCGUAAUUCCAAAGAAGUUCAGAGUGCUGGAGUUUGUUAAGUAUACCGGAAUGGAAUGCCCAAAGACCCAUCUUCGUUCCUACUAUAACAAGAUGGCAGAGGUUAUCUACGAUGAUAAGUUGCUAAUUUACUUCUUCCAAGAUAGUUUGACAGGAUCGGCCCUUAGCUGGUAUAUGAGGCUGGACAACGUUAGGAUUAAGAAAUGGACAGAUCUGGCAGAUGCUUUCUUAAAGCAAUACAAGUUCAAUCUGGAGAUUGCUCCUGAUAGGACCAGUCUGAUUACCAUGGAGAAAGGAGCUCAAGAGUCCGUGAGGGCUUAUGCUCAGAGGUGGCGAGACCAAGCUAUCAAUGUACAACCUCCACUAAUAGAGACGGAGAUGGUAACACUGAUUGAGCAAGGAGUCCGAAGUGGGAGAAUUGCGGAACCUAUAGAGAAGAGGGGUUUUGUUGGGAAGAAGAAGGAAAUUGAGAUAGCUCCCUUACCAUUACCUCCUAUGCAACCGCAUUUCCCUACCUGGUACAACCCUGAGUUGACUUGUGAAUACCAUGCUGGUAAUACAGGUCACAGCAUUGAGAACUGCGUAGCUUUUAAGAAGAGGGUAUCGCAGUUGAUCAAAAUCGGAUGGGUCACUUUUGAAGAUUCGCCUAAUGUGAAUUCGAACCCUCUACCCAAACAUGCUGUAGGUGGUAGUGGAGUGAAUACUAUGGAGGUCAGUAGCAAAGGGAAGGUGCUAAGAGUGACCAUGGCAAGGUUGUAUGAAAUGUUGGUACAAUCUGGACAUUUGGAGAAACCAUCUGAACAUUGCAUAAGGGAAGACGAUUUUUGCCCAUUCCAUAAAAAGAAAGGGCAUCACAUUGAUGAAUGCAUUGAGUUUCAUCAAAAGGUUGUGAGAAUGCUGACUUUAGGAGAGUUAAGGAUUGAGGCUGUAAAAGAUAAUGAAGAGAUAGAGAUGAUAGAGAAUUGGGGGGAAAUGUAG